AUGACACAUGUGUGUAACUAUAAACAAAUAAACACUUUUUUUUUUUUUUUUGACUGCUCUUCUUUAGAAAUGUCGCUUCGUUACAAGUCCCGCGGCCUGCUAUUCAAAUGUGUGUUUUUGCUUAUGGCAGUUUAUUUGUGUUUCUUUGUGCUUUGGCCUGAGCACGAUGCGAAUAAGCAGGGUACACGAUUGCCACAAAUUCAUCAAGCAACUCAUGGAUUGGGUGCUCAGAUUAACGGUUCGCAGGGUUUUCAACUGGGUUGGAGCGGGAGGACAUGUGGCCCGGGCGCUAGAUUGAUACAUAAGUCAUUGCUGUCACGUUGCCGUACAUUUGCCAAUAAGAGAGGGUCUGUCUCUCUUGCGUUUUGCGAUAGGAUUCUUCGUCCUGGUCCUCCACCUUGUGGAUUUUUUGUUGGGGGGAAAUUCAAACAACCGCUGAGGCUACUGGGUUUGUCCGCGUUAAAGCAACUGCGUGGGGACGGGCGUUUUGAGGCGUGUGCCUCUCGCCGGAUGUACGACGGAGUGCAGAGCAACUCGACGCUUCACGCCGUCGACGUUGGGGACGGGUCGAGCCUCGCGUUUGAGGUACGGCCGGCGUUGUGUCCGAGCUACCGAUACGUUUCUCCGCUAGAGGCUUUGUCGAUCUUGCACCAUGCGAGCAUUGGUCGCAACGGACACGGCAUUAUUGUUACUGGCGAUUCAAUGUUGCGGCAGUUGUUGCUUAGGCUGAUGUUUUUUUUGCGUGGAGAGGAUGUGUUUGCGGAGCACGAAUUUCACCGUGACGCGCUGUAUGUUGUUUACGAGGAUCGUGACGAGCUGAUUCUUUCCUUUACCUGCGCUCAUGCAGCCUUGAUUGAGACAUACUUCCCCGGGUACCAGGGGCAUAUGAAAAAUAAAAACUCCUGUGCCCACGUUUUACAAAGUGAGCGUGUUGUUGCUAUUUUCUUAUAUUUGUGGGAUCCUCUUGUGAAUGAUUUUCGUGAGGACGCCUUUCGCAUAAGGAGUCCACCCGUUCACUUGGCCUCCUUCAUGUAUUGGUGGCAGCGUGGGGAGGAACGUCUUGGUGGUUUAACCAGAUAUUUUCACCGCCUGAAAAGUCGAAUGGUUUUUGACAAGAAGGCAUUUGGCGUACCAGCUACGAAAUACGUGUUUUUCACAACGCCCAGGACGGAAGCUCUGCCUUCUUUUGUCUUUCCUGAUGAUCCGCGCCUGGAGAGAAACGCAUUUACAUGGAAAAACCUUCAGUCAAUGGAGGAGGAGUUGGAUGCAGGAGGCUUUGGAACAGCGAUGAUGUCUUUGGUAGAUUUUGCCGCCUUAGCGGAUUUGCGACGUAUAAGCCGAACGGAUGAUUUGAUACAUUUUAUGUGCACUUGGAGGCCAAAGAGCCCACGGAAAGUGUCAAGUAUGAAGACUGCUCAUGUGACGUGCCAAGACCCUGUGAAUUUGGCGGUGGUCCAGUGGACGCUGCAUUUGCUGUGGACAGGGCUUUAG